GCGCUCAGGUACAACAACCGGUUUCUAUUUAUACACCGGAAAGGCUUCGGUGUUUGGCGAUUUUCACCUGACCAGGUGCAAACCUGUCAAAAAUUAUAUCAAAAGAAGAGUACCUGGAGCAAUAAUGACAAAGCUUUCAGCAAGUCAGCUUGACGAAUUGAAGGAAGCCUUUGUGAUUUUUGACAGAGACAAUGAUAACAAAAUAAAUAUGCAAGAACUUGCAACGGUCAUGAGGUCUAUAGGUUUCAGUCCUACUCAAGCCGAUCUUCAGGCUAUCCAACAGGAGUACGGAAAUCGUUUGCUUGACAUCAACGAAGUUCAAAAUGUCAUAUCGCGAAGAGCUCCUCCUCCAGAAACAGAAGACAGCGUUCGGGACGCCUUCCGAAUCUUUGACAAAGAUGGCACGGGGUAUGUCAGUGCUUCCGAACUUCGACAUGUUCUGACACAUCUAGGAGAGAAGUUGUCCGAUGAAGAAGUUGAUGAAAUGAUUCGAGAGGCCGACAUUACUGGUGACGGACAGGUCAAUUAUGACCAUUUUGUGAACAUUUUGUGCUCUGCAAGAUGAAGUCUUGUCUACAAAUCUACAACAUAAUGAUACGAUUGGGAUCUGACGUUUUAGAAGCAUUUAGUAUUCAAGUAGCCUGUGUACGGCGCUGUAUAUAUUGGAUAUAUCAUAGAAUAUUGCCUGAUAAUUUCACGUGUUCAAAAUAGUAUCAUCAAAUGAAAUCAGUAGUCUUUGAUAAUUAGCAUCAUUCUUCAGUUUGUGUACAUUCCGUUUUAAUGUAACAGCAAUAAUGUGUAAUUACAAACAUAUUAUUUAUA